AUGCCUACAUCGUGGAGUUCAUGGAUCGGAGAUACGGGGGUCGGCAAACUUCACGCCGAAGGCAUCGUCGGCUCAGGGGUACGCAUCGCGGUGAUCGACACAGGAUUCGACCUCAAGGCGCCGGGCCUGGCAGAGACCCGCGUUGCGUACAGCUACAACUCUGCCGAGGAUGCCUUCGACUUUGAAGGUGACAAUUGCCUUGACUUCCUCCACGGCACACAUGUACUGGGCAUCAUUGCUGCCGACAGCGACGAGCGCCGAUUUGGGGUUGUUGGCGUGGCUCCGAACGCAACGAUCGACCUCCAUGGCCUCGAUUCCUGCGACGGAACGCGAUCUGGGAGUUUGGAUGAUUUAAUGGCGGCUGUCAUUUCGGCGGACGAGAGAGGAGUGGAUAUGAUGAUGAUAGGGUUUAACAUCAAGCUUGCUUUUCUGGAAGAACCGGUCGCCAGUCUCGUCAGCCGCGUAGUACGCAAUGGCACCGCUGUAACGGUGGCGUCUUCGAAUGAUGGCCCCGGCCUCUUCACGGGAGCCUCGCCCGCCAGUGGCGAGGGUGUAGCCGCGAUUGGAUCAACUGACAACUCGGCCACUCCGUACUACACAUGGGGAGCGAAUUGGACAUCUGGCAGUGACCAAGGUGUCUUGCGCUUCGUCCCUUCUUUCCCAUCCAACUUUGCCGCCAACAACAACCUCACUCUCUGGAUGCCCGCCGACCCCGAGAGCUUCCCCGACGGUUGCAACCCCGCCCCCGGCAACUUCGUCCCGCCGGCUGACCCCGCGAACACGGUGAUGCUGAUCGACGAAGACCACUGCUGGCUUGAUCCCAAGAAUACCUCAACACGCCUCGCCAUCAGUCUGGGCGUGCCUUACGUCUUGAGGUACCAGUCCGCAAGCACCACGGUGGCGGACGGGAUGCAGUGGGUUCCCAAUUUUGCAGAGUUCUCUAGACGGUACCAGGGCAUUGCCAGGAUCUCAAACGAGGGUGGACAGUUGCUGAAGUCACAGCUUGCCAAGGGCAGCAUUCACCUAUCCUUCCCGAGCGACGUCUCGCAGGCUCAGGAGGAUGUCACCUACCGGAUCAACGACAUCUCCGGAGGCCUGGUCUCCAGCUUCUCCAGUUGGGGUCCGACACCAGAAGGCCGGAGCUAUUCCUCAUUCGUGGCACCUGGCGAGAACAUUCUGAGUACGUUCCUACCCAAGUACGGAGGCUUUGCGGUAAUCGGGGAUCCUUGUGUAGUGACGACAACUUCAAACCCUGUCAAGUUCAUCGAUGGGAACAGAAAGUUGUUUGACUAUCUGGCUCCGGUAUUCAGUCAGGGGGGCGGGUUGGUUGAUGCGUGGGCUGCGGUCCACGCCGUUUCGCUGGUCAAUGUGUCUAGCCUCGACUUUAACGACACCCUUCACCGGCCCUCCUCUCUUGCAUUCACUCUCAAGAAUACCGGAACCGAGUCAUUGGCUUAUUUCCUGUCGCACGUAGGCGCAGCCUCGAGUUACAUCCUCGAUCAAGCCGAUCCGUACUCACUCACGGGAGCAGAGGGGCACCCCGUCUAUGCCGAAGUCGAAACCACCCCCUCGUCUAUCGAAAUCCCACCAAGAGGCGCGGCCGUAGUCUCGGUCUCCAUCAAAGUUAACCCAGCUCUACAUGUUGCAGCAAAGCGAGGCACCUUCUUCAUUCAGUCAUCCGCAGCUGCAGCAACCAACCUCACGAUUCCAUACACCGGCUUCGGCACGCCGCUCGUCAACCUUCCUACGAUCAACCCCAACGCAUCGUACCUCGUCAGCGUUGACCCAGCCACUACCAUUGACACCCGCGUGAAGCCCGGCACAACGUUCGAGUGCUUCUACAACGGCAGCAUCCCGAAGCCAGACUGGCCCGCCAGCUGCACGCCCGGUUUUCCAGGAUUCAGAAAGACGUUUGUCACGCAGAGCCGGAACUAUUCGUACGAUUUAGUGGAUGCCGCCACGGGUGAUGCCAUCCUCCCGAGGACAUUUGUGGGUACGGCGGAGAGGUACGCGGAGCCAUCGGCAUGGUGGGUCUGGGACGGGUCGGAGGAGGAUCGGAAGUAUAUCCCGCCCGGCCGGUACUUCUGGCCCGUCCGGGCGCUGAAAUUGAGUGGGGAUACUGGUAAUAAGAAGCACUGGGAUGUGUGGGAGUCUGGGAAAUGGACUCUGGGUUACGCUCCGGAUAGCAUCGGGCUGCCGAUGGCUUCGCUUUGA